UGUGAAUAUCAAUGCAUGAAGCUCAAAUGUUUGUAUCCUUCUUUAAUUACCAUCAUUUGACCAUCUUUGUUUACAAGGGAAAAACUUUACUGUUUAAGUAAUUAUGAAUUCUGAUCCGUUUCCAUCGAAUCAAUCAUCUGUUGAUUUCCUUGAACAACAAAUUUCAUCGUCGCACCAAGCUUCAUCAAGUGAAAGUAAUGAUUUGUUGAGGACACUUGUCCCUAGUGCAGAUACCAUUAAACAUUACUUAUGUGAUUCUGAUGAACAAACGGUUUACCAAAGUGCAAACACUAAUUAUCCAAUUACACUAACAGAGCUUGUUAAUUUAUCAACCACAAUUGGGCCUACAUAUUAUAGUUCAAAUUAUGAUGAUUCCAGUUUCCAGGCAAACAGUUUCAACUUAAAUCAAGAUUCGCCUGAAUAUAAUAACGUUUCCUCAACAAAAUCAUAUUCACAAAAUGUUCAACCUUACUAUCAAUCAAACAUCAAUGAUAUAAGCAACAAUUCAUUAACUACUUACUCUAAUAACCAAUACAGGUCUACAUUAACACUAAAUACAGAUAACUCGUCUGUCUUUGAACCUUGGAACCCGAAUGUUGCUCAGCAAAUAUUGACUGUUUAUUUUUCUUCAUUAAGUUUAAAGUCAGAGUUUCUAUCCAAUCAAGUGAAUUUAGAUUGUUUUGAACACUUAUUCAUGAACGAAGCAACUUCUGCUUUUCAGGGACAUAAAAGAUUCAGAUUAACGUUGGAUUUAUCGUUUACUAAUUUCAAUAUUGAUCCAAAUCAACUACUUUCAAUAUGCAAUAGAAUCAAAGGUUUCAGAAAACUUGAAACAUGUGAUAAAAUAAUCCUUUUAUCCAGCACAUACUUUGAUGUUUUCAUGAUGAAAGGAAUAAUUAAUUAUGAUCAAACAAUUGAUGGUUGGCAAUAUCCAGAAUAUGGGUUCAGAUAUAGUCGACGAGAUAUGUUUGCACUCAAUCAAACUGCACAUGAUAGUAUGGCACAAAUAAUUGAAACCUUUCCAGAUCAAUGGAGAAAUGAUCUCAAAGUGAUAGCACUAAUUUAUUUAAUAAUCAUUUUCAAUCCUGAUCUAUCUGAUUUGAGACAUCCUGAGAUUGUCAAACACGAGCAAUUUACUUAUAUUUAUUUACUUGGACGGUAUUUAAGGACUGUAUGUAGAUCCGACUGUGAAGCUGCCAACAACCAGUUCAGAUUGCUGGGUAAAAUUGAACAGGUGAAAUCGGCGAGAAAAGAGUUGAUGAAUAAUUAUGAACCACAAAUUAAACCCUUUUUAAUGCACAGCAUUUCAAAUGUCAUUGCUUUGCAUGGAUGAUGUUUACAACGAUAAAUAGCAAUAUUGUAUCUUCCUUUUGUAUUUAAUUGUUUACCAUAAUAAAUUUAUUUUGACUACAAA